AUGAAGAAAAAGAGAAAAGAUACAGAAGAAAGACAUGCCGGACUUUGUGAUGAACGUCAUUGGAAUGAAUACCACAAAAAGAAAAUUGAAGAAAUUAAAAGGCUUCCUCAUGAAAUUCAGGAAACCGAAAGGUUUACUAAACCUUUGCAGGAAAGAUAUGAUCUUAAAAGCGAUGAUAUUUCUCAAGAAAAUAUAAUUCAACAAGGCUUACAACAAACCUUCGAUAAAUCAAAAGAGGGUGCAAAUAGAAAGAUGGAUUUAUUAUUUCAAAGUAUUUCCAGGUCAGAAUAUAGUGGUACAUUCUUAAGGGUAGCGUCUAAGCAUAUUCUUCAUUUGGAAGCCCUACGCAUUAAUAUUAAUAUUAAUGGUAAUGGCGUUCUUUGA